UGGAAAAGGAUUCUUCCCUUGGAAUCAGACAUAACAAUAGAGAUGGCGCAAUCAAAAGUACAUCGCAAGAAAAGGCAAGUGGCCAUCUUCAUUAUAUUGAUGCUUUUGUGGGAGGCGGGUUCAGAAUCGAUUCACUAUUCUGUACUGGAGGAGUCAGAAAGUGGCACGUUUGUAGCCAACUUGACAAACGACCUGGGACUCAGGAUGGGAGAGCUGGCCGCGCGGGGCGCCCGGGUUGUUUUCAAGGGAAACAAACAGUAUUUGCAGCUUGAUCCACAGACCUAUGAUUUGCUGCUAAAUGAGAAACUGGACCGAGAGGAGCUGUGCGGUUCCACUGAGCCGUGCGCGCUACCUUUCCAAGUGUUACUGGAAAAUCCCUUGCAGUUUUUUCAGGCUGUCUUGGGAGUCAGAGAUAUAAAUGACCACGCCCCCGAGUUCCCCGCCAGAGAAAUGCUACUAAAAAUAUCAGAAAUUACUACGCCAGGAAAGAUAUUUCCUUUGAAAAUGGCACAGGAUUUAGACGCUGGUAGCAACAGCCUUCAGAGCUACAUGAUCAGCUCCAAUCCUCACUUCCACGUUCUCACUAGCAAUCGCAGCGAUGGCAGGAGGUUCCCGGAACUGGUGCUGGACAAAGCUUUGGACCGCGAGGAGCAGCCCGAGCUCAGGCUAACCCUCACAGCGCUGGAUGGCGGGUCUCCGCCCCGGUCUGGGACCACAGAGAUUCAGAUCCUAGUCUUGGAUAUCAAUGAUAACGCCCCUGAGUUUGCUCAGGAGCUCUAUGAGGUGCAAAUCCCGGAAAAUAACUCCCUGGGCUCGCUGGUUAUCACCGUGUCAGCGAGAGAUUUAGACGCAGGGUCCUUUGGGGAGGUAUCUUAUGCCCUAUUUCAAGUCGAUGACGUUAACCAACCCUUCGAAAUAAACGCAGUUACUGGAGAAAUUAGACUGAGAAAGACUUUGGAUUUUGAGGAAUUUCAGUCUUAUCACGUGGAUAUUGAGGCCACAGAUGGCGGGGGACUAUCAGGAAAAUGCUCUUUAGUCAUCAAGGUCCUGGAUGUGAAUGACAAUGCCCCUGAAUUGACCGUGUCGUCACUCAUCAGCCCCAUUCCUGAAAACUUGCCACAGAUCACAGUGGCAGUUUUCAGUGUGUCAGAUGCAGAUUCUGGACGUAACCAACAGGUUAUUUGUUCUAUAGAUGACAAUCUCCCCUUUCUCCUAAGACCGUCGGUAGAGAAUUUUUACACCCUGGUAACAGAAGGAGCACUGGACAGAGAGAGCCGGGCUGAGUACAACAUCACCAUCACUGUCACCGACAUGGGAUCCCCCAGGCUGAAAACGCAGCACAGCAUAACAGUGCUGGUCUCCGACGUCAAUGACAACGCCCCCGCCUUCACCCAAACCUCCUACACCCUGCGGGUCCGCGAGAACAACAGCCCCGCCCUGCACAUCGGCAGCGUCAGCGCCACAGACGCAGACGCGGGCGCCAACGCCCAGGUCACCUACUCGCUGCUGCCGCCCCACGACCCGCACCUGCCCCUCGCCUCCCUCGUGUCCAUCAACGCGGACAACGGGCACCUGUUCGCCCUGCGGUCCCUGGACUACGAGGCCCUGCAGGCCUUCGAGUUCGGCGUGGGCGCCACAGACCGAGGCUCGCCGGCGCGGAGCAGCCAGGCGCUGGUGCGCGUGCUGGUGCUGGACGACAACGACAACUCGCCCUUCGUGCUCUACCCGCUGCAGAACGGCUCGGCGCCCUGCACCGAGCUGGUGCCCAGGGCGGCCGAGGCGGGCUACCUGGUGAGCAAGGUGGUGGCGGUGGACGGCGACUCGGGCCAGAACGCCUGGCUGUCGUACCAGCUGCUCAAGGCCACGGAGCCCGGGCUGUUCGGCGUGUGGGCGCACAACGGCGAGGUGCGCACGGCCAGGCCGCCGAGCGAGCGCGACGCGCCCAAGCACAGGCUGCUGGUGCUGGUCAAGGACAACGGCGAGCCGCCGCGCUCGGCCAGCGUCACGCUGCACGUGCUGCUGGUGGACGGCUUCUCGCAGCCCUACCUGCCGCUGCCGGAGGCGGCGGCCGAGCAGGCGCAGGCCGACCCGCUCACCGUCUACUUGGUCAUCGCCCUGGCCGCGGUGUCGUCGCUCUUCCUCUUCUCGGUGCUCGCGUUCAUCGCGGUGCGGCUGUGCGGGAGGAGCAGGGCCGCCUCGCUGGGUCGCUGCUCGGUGCCUGAGGGCCACUUUCCGGGCCACCUGGUGGACGUCAGCGGUACCGGGACCCUGUCCCAGAGCUACCAGUAUGAGGUGUGUCUGAGGGGAGGCUCUGGGACCAGCGAGUUCAAGUUCCUCAGGCCGAUUCUCCCCAACUUCCCUCCCCAGGACAGUGGGAGGGAAAUGGAGGAAAACCCGACAUUUCGGAAUAGUUUCCAAUUCAGUUAAGUAUUGGAUUAUUCUAUUAAACCCUACCUUAAUAAGUUUGGAAAUCUCUUUUAACUUAAAGUUACAUGUUAUUAAUGCAUGUUAUUUAUGGUCCGUUUCUUGAUUAUUUUACUA